UGUGUGUUGUAAACACCAUGGGAUUUGUAUAAAUAAACUGUUAACCUUGUUUAUACUUACUUCAAAUAAUUAUAGAAUAACCCUAUUGGGAUUCCACAUACUUUAAAGAAUUUUACGUUUUUGUAACAAUGUGGACCACUAGGACAUUUUUAACAAAAACUAAGAGGGGGAAUAUUUUAAAAAUUGUAAGAGAACAUUACUUGAGGGACGAUUUGCUAUGUGGAUCUGAAGCAUGCAAUGUGUGUCCGCAUAAAAAUGACGAAUAUGUUUUGGACGCCAAGCCGGAGUCAAUUUGUGCACUCUUCGACUAUAACCACUACAUUAUACUUGACACAAAUGCAGUUCUACACCAAAUAGAUGUGCUUGAAGAUGAUGCUUUAAAGAAUGUAAUAGUUUUGCAAACUGUUUUGGACGAGGUGAAACACCAAAACACUGCUAUUUUCCAGCGGCUUCUAGAAAUUAUUGGGAACAAGAGGAGAAAGUUCUUUUCAUUUGUGAAUGAGCAUCAUAAAGACACUUACAUUGAGCGUAAUCCAGGUGAAAAAGCAAAUGACAGAAAUGAUAGAGCAAUUCGCAAAGCCGCUACAUGGUAUUCAACACAUCUUUCUAUCAAAGGAGUUGCCGGACAGUUCCCACAGAUUGUACUGUUGACUGACGAUGAGAAUAAUAGGAAAUUAGCUCAGGAGGAAGGCAUUGUUUGCUGUUCAGUAAAAGACUACAUAGAAAAUGUGAAUGGCUUUCCUGGUUUAGUAGACAAACUUUCAAAGAAUGUGAUGCCUGAGAGUUUUUCCAAGGAUGCCCUAUAUCCCGCCCACCUUACCCCCUCACAGAUUCAUGCAGGAAUAAGAAAUGGGAAGUUAUAUCAAGGUACUUUCUACGCUUCAAGGGAUAAUUUCUUGGAGGGCACUGCUUCUGUUUCUGGAUAUGAAAAGCAGAUCUUACUGCAAGGUCAUAUCGGAAUAAACAGAGCCAUAGACGGAGAUAUUGUGGCCAUUGAAAUAUUUCCCGAAGAGGAAUGGCGGAAACCGAGUGAUAUUGUUCUUGAAGACAAAGCUGAUGAUCCCGGUGACUGUCUGGAAGAAGAAACGAUUCUUCUGAACAGUGCCAAAUCAGCUGCGAGUGCUGAUAUCAGCCCAACGGGGAAAGUGGUUGGGAUUAUACGGAGGAAGUGGAGACAAUACUGCGGCAUUCUAAUGCCGAGCAAGUUUCCUGGCGCCACUCGUCAUCUGUUCGCCCCAGCUGAGAGAAGGAUACCUCGAGUGCGUAUAGAGACGCGACAGAGCGAUGUGCUCGCCUCGCAGAGGAUACUGGUUGCGCUCGACUCUUGGCCCCGCAACAGCCGGUACCCUUUGGGACAUUUUGUGAGAGCUUUGGGCCCUAUUGGUGAUAAAGAUGCAGAAAACGAAGUGAUACUUCUGGAACACGAUGUGCCGCAUGCGAGGUUCAGUGAGGCGGUGCUUGCUUGCUUACCGCCCGAUGAUUGGACUAUACCGGAUGAGGAAAUUAAAAAACGCGUAGACCUCCGCUCCGUAUGCGUUUGUUCGGUCGAUCCGCCCGGCUGUACCGAUAUCGAUGAUGCUCUACACGCGAGAGAGCUGCCGGAGAAGACGAAAGACGGUCUACUGAAGUACGAGGUGGGCGUCCACAUUGCGGACGUGACGUACUUCGUGAGACCGAACACGGCGUUGGAUAAGGAAGCCGCGUCGCGGUCUACUACGGUCUACUUGGUUGGGAAGAGGAUUGAUAUGGUCCCAGAUUUAUUAAGUUCGAAUCUAUGUUCGUUACGCGGCGGCGAGGAGAGGCUUGCCUUCUCUUGCGUUUGGGAAGUGGACGAGAACGCGAACGUUCUAGCUACGAGAUUCCACAAGAGUGUUAUAAAGUCUCGCGCAGCCAUGACGUACGAAGAGGCUCAGAUAGCCAUAGAUAGUUCUAGAAGCGACGAGAUAGCGAACUCUCUGAGAGUACUUAAUGCGCUCGCAAAGAAACUCAAACAGAGGAGACUGGACAAUGGCGCCUUGCUGCUGGCCUCUCCGGAGAUACGGUUUGAGGUGGAUUCGGAGACCCACGAGCCCAUGGAGGUGCAAGCGAAACGCAUAUUGGACACGAACUCAAUGGUCGAAGAGUUCAUGUUGCUGGCCAACGUCAGCGUGGCGGAGCACAUCGCUGGCGAGUUCCCGCAGAGCGCUCUGCUGCGAAGGCAUCCGGCUCCGCCACCAGCUAACUUCAACACCUUCCUGAAGGCGGCUGCUCAGCAAGGUUUCGAUCUGGACGUUUCCACGAACAAAGCGUUCUCGAAGUCACUCAACGAGGCCGUGAUACCGGCGCGGCCGUUCUUCAACACCCUGCUGAGGAUAAUGGCGACGCGCUGCAUGCAGCAGGCGGUCUACUUCUCCAGCGGCAGCGUGGCGCAGGAGGAGUUCUAUCACUACGGGCUCAGGGCGGAUCGCUAGUCUCAUAUUUUCAAAUCUGUUUCCAGAUACGCAGACGUAAUAGUACACAGGCUGCUAGCGGCGUGUAUCGGCGCGGAUUCGACGCACGCGUCCAUUUUGGACACAAAAUACGCCAUCUCGUUGUGCGAGAACCUCAACUAUCGGCACAGACAGGCGCAGUACGCGGGACGGGCGUCCGUAGCUCUGAACACACAUAUUCUCUUCAAAAACCGCGUCGAGAUCGAAUCGGCUGUAGUGUUGGCGGUGAAACGCAACGCCCUGCAAGUGCUCAUACCGAAAUACGGUCUCGAGGGGCCUUUAUAUCUGCCCUCCGAUAAAUUUGUUUAUAAUGAGGAGGAGCACGUUCAAAUAUGCAGUGGAGUCGUGUUACGGACAUUUGACGAAAUAGUCGUGCGUUUGAGCCUGGACAGUUCGAACUUGCAGCACAGGAAAUUGGUUUUCCAAUUAGUUAAGCCGUGUAUACCCGGCUUUAGUUACGUCGAAGAUAAACAAGAUAUGGACGUUCAGAUCAUAGACAAGACGGAUGUCGUAGAGAUCGUGGAUACCACAGACAAAAAACAAACGAAGAAACGUAAAGACGCGCCAGAAGCGAAGGGCAAGAAAAAGAAAUCGAAGCAAUAGUUACUUUUGUACUUUUGUAAAGCUUUAGGUUAAUAAAAAAUAUUUAAAAA